UGCUCGUGGGGAGGGCGGGGGCGCGCACUCUUGUCAGUGGAAGCAGACGAACGCUGAGUCCAGAUCGCGUGCGGGCUGCCGGGCUCCGGGAAUGCGAAGCGAUGGCAUCGUCGGCAAGCGAGGAGAAAGCCUUUAGGAGGUUCCUGGAGCUCCUGCUGCGGGAAUUCCGAGGGCCCUUCGGCGAGGACGACCCGUUGCCACUCCGGCCUGUCUCGAACCACAUCACAGAGGAGGAGGUCGAAGGAGAGUGCCUAGAUCUGUGUCUCCAGCAUCUCUGCAGAUAUAAUGCCCCCUUCUCAUUGGCUGCUGCGUUGGCAAGAGCGACAACAAAUGAAAUUCUUCAGAGUGACCUUUCUGUCCUCCACUAUGUACCGAGUCUCCUGGAUGACGCAGACAGUAUAACACAGUUUGACUCGACAAAGCUGGCCCGAACGGUGUUCACAAAACUCCACGAGGUCUGCUGCAGCUGGGUGAAGGAUUUGCCUUUGACGAGGAGAACGCACCCCUACUUCGAAACAUCAAUUCAUGCCAUCAAGAACAUGCGAAGGAAGAUGGAGGACAAACAUGUCUGUCUGCCUGAUUUCAACACGCUCUUUAAUCUAGAGGACCAGGAGGAACAAUCCUUUUUUGCCGUGUUUGAUGGGCACGGAGGGGUAGACGCCGCAAUUUAUGCCUCUAUCCAUCUUCACGUGAACCUGAUUCGACAGGACAUCUUCCAGGACGACCCUGCCGAAGCCUUGUGCCGUGCCUUUCGUCUCACAGACGAGCGAUUUGUACAGAAGGCUGCCAGAGAGAACCUGCGGUGCGGCUCCACCGGGGUGGUGACCUUCCUACGGGGGAACAUGCUGCACGUGGCCUGGCUUGGGGACUCACAGGUCAUGCUGGUCCGAGGAGGCCAGGUCAUCGAACUCAUGAAGCCGCACAAACCUGAGAGAGAGGAUGAAAAGCAGAGGAUCGAGGCGCUCGGAGGCUGUGUGGUCUGGUUCGGGGCCUGGAGAGUUAAUGGAAGUCUUUCUGUCUCCAGAGCAAUUGGGGACGCUGAGCACAAGCCAUACAUCUGCGGAGAAGCAGACAGUGACUCGACCUUGCUGGACGGGACCGAGGACUACCUCAUCCUUGCCUGCGAUGGCUUCUACGACACCAUGGAGCCAGAGGAGGCAGUCAAGGUGGUGGCUGAGCACCUAAAGGAGAACAACGGUGACAGCAGCAUGGUGGCCCACAAGUUGGUGGCGUCGGCACGGGACGCAGGCUCCAGCGACAACAUCACUGUCAUCGUGGUCUUCCUACGGGACCUGAGCGUGCCACCCGGGGAGGAGGAGGCCAAUGGCGACUCCAAGUGGUCGGGCAACUCCUUCGACGGCGCCCAGGGUGAUGGCGGGGACGAUAAGGAGAACCAGGGUGACUUCCAAGGCCCGUGGGUGCAGCAUCCUUUUGGGGGUGGCUCGGAGCUGGCCCAGGAAACUCGCGAGGAUUCGCUCACGGACAGAACUAGUCUGGCUCUGGGGCCUCAGCUCCUCCUCCUCCGUGACCAAGGUUCCCAAGCAACGGGAGCCAGUGCCAAGGAUUCUCCUGCACCACAGCACAGACCGAAGAGGUCCGAUCUGCCCAGUGCGGAGCUGCCACUAUCAGCCUUGCAGGAACGCAGGGACUUUGACGUGGGCGAGGCCUGGCACCAGAAGCCGUCGCCCGUGCGCCACGUCAGGAGCCAGAGCAGCAGGGCGGAGAGGCCGGCUCCUCUCUGCCCAGCCACCGAGGAAAUUCCUGCGGCAGCCCACAGGACCUCCUGCACAGUAAGCCAGCACGGACAGCAGGCAGCCACAUCGCCGCAGCACUGCGCACCCCUCCCGGCUCGAAGGCACAGCGGCAAAGCCAGUGCUGGGCCAAGCAGCUGGAAUCGCAAGGGGGUGACACACAGGCAGAGGAAAGUGGGCAGUAUACGUCACUCGGGGUGGGCUGGCGUCAACUGGCACAGGCAGAUGCCGACCAGUUUACGUGGCGUCUGUCUACUCCAGCAGUAACGGUUAGGUGUAGUUCCACAAUUAGUAGACUAUUCAGCACCCUGCCCCCUUCUCGCAGACACCCCUUGCUUCUCUAGCUUACCUACAGUUCAAAUAAAUAGUCAGCACGCUGCCCUGUGUAGAGUAGCCGAAGCCUCAGGCAGCCCCUAAAGGGAACAUAACCUGUUUCUGUUGCUAGACAGGCUUCACCGCGGUGAUUCUUGUGACUAAGGAAACCCCUCAACUGCAUGGAACCCCCUGCCUGACACUGACUAGGUGGUGUGGGUCAGGAUGUGAAGCAGAAAGCAUGUAUCUGGGGUUCUCCUAAAUACACACCUACCGAACAGGCAAGAAGUUCCCUGCCUACUCUUGGGAUGGGGGCCACCGCUGGGCAAUGCUGACCAUUUAUAAAGCCCUCCCCCCUCCCCCCCCACCCCCGAAGAUGGUGGGGGUGGUGAGGGGGGAUCUCUUUGAACUGCUGGUCCAAUCCAACGAGCUGGGCCACGUCAGAGGCCGGUUCAGAAGCGGCCACAUUAGGUUUGGGGUGGAGUCAAACUGAGGCCGUUUGCCAUGUUUUCUUCCUUGAAGGAAACAAAGAGUUUUCAUGGCAGCCAAGAAUCUCAUUCAAAGACUUAUUUCCUGACCCAAUCGCAAAUUGUCUGUGGUGAGAUUAGAACAUGCAUUCUUUAGAUUAUCAGUCUAGUAGACCAGGGUUUCUCAAUUUGGAUAUUCUCAAUAUUAUUGGUCUAUGGCUUAAAAACGGUUGGGAACUCCUGCUAUAGACACUCCUCAAUUCUUAACGUUUUUCUCCCACCCCAAAUGAAGCCCUCUCUAGGGCUCAGCUUCAUUUUUGUGUGAACUAUCUCCAGCUGGUCUGGUGAGUGACUCUCACAUGCAGUCCCACCCCUGCUGCCUCUUCCAGUGUCCCCAGGCCUUCCCUGAACCAGGAAGCCCGAUGAGACCCCCGUUCAGAUACCCCCUCAUUGUAAAACUUAGUCACAAAGUGGGAAAAGACCUGGCCUGCGGGACAUGAACCAAUUGUGGAAGUGGAGGUGGAGAGGUGAAUUGGGGUGGCAUUAAAUAUGUCAGUCUGUGUAACUCAAGGAAAUACAGUAAUCAAGACACUCUUAGCAUUCAGUAGUUAAAAGUAUUUAGAUGUCUCUUGCUGUAGAAUUCAUUUGAACCUAAUCAACUCCAUUUUCAGACAAAUUAUUCGCACAUCCAUAAAAAGCUUUUCCUAACAGACUCUGUAAUAGCUGAGUAACACACACAUUGAAACAUUGAGUAGCUGUCCUGUUAGAAACUUAUCAGAUCAGUGCACUCCAAACACCAAUAGUAGCAAUCCCAUCAAACCAAUGCAAGCUGGUUGAAAUUUACAACAUAUUCUCUCAACAAACUAAAGGUAAUUCUGUAAGGUGUAUGAAGCGUUAGUAGUUGCUCAUCACACACCUGUAUAAGUACUGUGCUAACCCACUGUUCACUUGCAAUGGAACUUGCACCACUUCCUGCCUUGGCCCACCUGUACUUAGCGUACCACACCCCGGAGCGUGGUCUAACUGUUUCACUUCACCUGUAUCGAUACUCCAGCCAUUCAACCAAGUUAGUACUGGUCUGACUGUGCAUCCAUAUGGCGUUUGUGGUCUGACUGUAGUCCACGACAGUACUGAUGCCUACAACAGUCCAAUGAUACACCUGCACAGGUAUCCAUGAUGGUCUGACACUACUUGUUCGUAAUUCCUGUGCUGGCACCAUUAACAGUCUGACAACAAGAGUGUCUGCAGGUACUGACUGUACACCUGUAGCAGCUCGACUGUACUGCUCUGACUGCCUGUCAUUAUACAUUAUACCUGUGCCAGUUCGACUGCACACCUAUGUGUGGGACCGUACCAGUCUGACCCCCAAACUACUCCAAAUGCAAUGUUAUCUGUUAGUUGUGCAGGAACUGAUUACAUCUGCAGCAGUCUGAGAGUACAGUUCUGUUCUCGUGUACCAGUUCCACACUUUAGAGCAAUCUUGUUUUGUAACACGCAGUGUUUAAAUGAAUUCAGCUGGUGGUAGCAAGUAGUCUUUAACUUGGUUUGAUUUUCUGUGCCCUUAUUUGCUGCUUGUUCGAGUAACUAAAACUCCCCUCCAACUACUAUCAAUAUUUCUUGUUGUAAUUUUUAAUGGUAUUUCUGGUGACUAUAAUGUAAAAAUUAUAUAUAUAUAUAUAAAAUAAUCCAAACUCAACAAGAGGUGACUAUUGUAAUUAUCUGUUUUGUCUGUAUACAUUUUGUGUUCUCUGUAAUCUGUGCCGUGUAUUGAAAAUGGUGGAGCACUUUGUAUUAUCAUAAACAAAGUUAACAAGCCUUUCACGAUUAAAGGGAUUGGACCAGU